AUGGCGAAGGUCAGGAGGUUGGCGUUGGCAACAGCAAAGGAGGUCUGGAGGCCAGCAGAGAAACAGGACCCUAGGAGACCAGUAGCGGUGGAGAUGAAGGAGGCUGACAAUAGGGAGAGCCCCCGGUGGAACUCAGAAGAGUGGAACCCACAGUGGAACUCAGGAAACUGGAAAUCAUGGUGGAGCUCAGGAGGACAGCGGUGGAACCACUGGAACCUUCGGAGGAGCACUGGAGGGCAUUGUGGAAGCCGGAAGAACCCUCGACAGAGCUCUGAAACGUGGCAUCGAAGCCAGAAGAACCCUUGGGGGAGCAAUAGGAGUUGUCCAGGAGACUCCUGGACAACAGGAUUCUCUGAUGCCCAGACUGUGGACGAGAGGACUGCUGCUACUGCUAUAGUUAUUGAUGUAAGAACCCCUGCUUCAGCGGAAGAGGGAAUUGGUGUAGCUGCUGCUGCUGCAGACAAGGACUUGGAAGCUCCUACUCCUGUUGCAGGCAGGGACGUGGAAGCUCCUGCUUCAGAUGAGGGCAAGGAAGCUACACGAUGCUGUAGACUGCUGAGAGGCAGCAGGUUAAGGCUAGGAGCAGAUUCAAGUGCUCUGGGGAGACUUGAAGCGUGGUCAGCUGCUGGAAGCUGCACAGAUGGAGUUGGGGGAAUCACUCUCUGCUGCAGCCCACAGGAGGGCACUGAAGGAGUAGUGAAACAUAGUGGAAAGUUCUGGACUCGAGGAGGCAGAGAAAUGGCCGGUAAUGAGGAGGUGGCACAGGAAGCCUGAGACGAGCUUAAACACUUAAAUAGAGAUGAGUGGAAAAAUGACAUAGAAUGCUGAUGUAAGUAAUCAGGAUAUUUGGAUCAUCUGCGGCAGAAGGCAGGCAGAGCAGCUGAGGAAAGGAUACUAAUUAACACAUAUGGAGCUGGAAGUCCAAGAAGGUUGGAUGGAAAAUGUCUGUGAACAGCAACUUGCCACAGAUAUUCAAUUGGAUUUACAGCUGAAACUUGACUGGACAUGUCUAACACAUGAAUAUGCUUUAAUCUAUCUAUUUCCAUUGCUUCUCUGGCUGUAAAAGUACAGCUCCAAAAAUGAAAAAAGUAACACUUGCUGUGCCUCAUUUUAGAAAGUGAAACUCACAUACAUUCAUCACACAUAGAGGGAACUAUUUCAAGCCAUUAUUUCUUGUAAUUGAUAUGUACACCCCCCCUCCGAAAAUUUGAAUAUUGUGAAAACGUUAUAGCAUAUUUAUAGAUGUUGAGUGGGUGGUAGGAAAAGGUGCACCAGCAGCAGUGAUAACUGCUGCCUUGAGAACAGGACAAACCCCCAACACCCGAGCCACCGUCGCCUCACAAAUGGGGUGUCUGUGGCUCAGGUGGUGGGGGUUUGUCCUGGAACUGGUGGAUUACCGGUUCGACCCCUGUUUCCGUCUGUCUCAGUCGUUGUGUCCUUUGGUCCUUGAGCAAGGACACAACGACUGUCUUGGUCAAGACACUUUACCUGCCUUGCCUGCUGAUGUGUUUACAUUGUCAGUGUGUAUGAAUGGGUGGGUGGAUGACUGAUUGUAGUGUAAAUAACUUUGGAGUCUUCAGACUUGAUAAAGUGCUAUACGUGCAGGCUAUUUACCAUUUACUUUCUGUAUUCCCCUCCAUCUGAUCCUGCUCAUUACUCUUCUCUCCCUCAGCACUCUCACUUUAUUGGUCUCAGAUGUUCCUCAUAUCCUCCAGAUUACUCACACCUGCUAUAUGUCAUGUCUGCAUUCAUCCCUCAAUAUUUAAGCUCACCUGUUGCAUUUGCCCUGUGCUGGAUUUGUCAGUUUCACUUCCUGUUUUCAUGUUGUUUUCUCCUGUAUGUGACUCCGCUGUUUUCUUCAUCCUGUUUCCUUGUGCUCGCUGUAACUUCCCUGAUUUUUAUUAAAUAAAUCAAAUGCUCCAG